GAGGAGGAGGAAGGCGGCUCCCUGCCUGCCCUCCUCGCAGGCUGCAAAGCUGCCGGGCAGCAGUGCCUGUAUGGCCAGGAGCAAGCCCACCCUCCGCGCAUGGCUGGGCUGCACAGGGCUGCUGGCUGCGUUCUUAUUGGGCUUUCUUGCAGGAUGGUUUACAAAACCGACCGAAAAAAAGCCUAACUCUUCAAAUGCCUAUCAAAAUCUGAGAGAGAAACUUGUGGCUGAAAUGAAAGCAGAAAACAUCAAGCAAUUCCUUCGCACGUUUACCAAAUUGCCUCACCUCGCAGGAACUGAACAGAAUCUUCUUCUUGCCAAACGGAUUCAGGGCCAGUGGAAGGAAUUUGGACUGGAUUCAGCAGAACUUGUUCAUUAUGAUGUGCUUCUUUCAUACCCAGAUGAAAAGCAGCCAAACUACAUCUCACUAAUUGAUGAUCAAGGGAAUGAGAUUUUCAAUACAUCAUUGUUUGAACCACCCCCACAGGGGUAUGAAAAUGUUACUAAUAUACUGCCACCAUAUAAUGCUUUUUCUGCACAAGGAGUGCCAGAGGCAGAUCUGGUAUAUGUGAAUUAUGGUCGCACUGAAGAUUUUUUUAAGCUGGAGCGUGAAAUGGAAAUUAACUGUACAGGAAAGGUUGUCAUUGCCAGAUAUGGAAAGAUCUUCAGAGGAAACAAAGUGAGAAAUGCCAUGUUAGCAGGAGCCCAGGGGAUCAUACUUUAUUCAGACCCUGCUGACUACUGUGCACCAGGAGUAGAUGUUUAUCCAGAUGGCUGGAACCUUCCAAGCAGAGGAGCACAGCGUGGAAAUGUGUUAAACCUGAAUGGAGCUGGGGACCCUCUAACACCAGGUUAUCCUGCAAAAGAGUACACUUUCAGGUAUAAAGUUAAUGAAGGUGUAGGGAUUCCCAAAAUCCCAGUUCAUCCCAUUGGAUAUCAUGAUGCAGAAGUAUUAUUACGUGCAAUGGGAGGACGCGCAGCUCCAGACAGCAGCUGGAAGGGAAGUCUCAAUGUGUCUUAUAAUAUAGGACCAGGAUUUGUAGACAACUCAUCCACAAGAAAAGUCAGAAUGCAUGUUCAUACGAACAAUAAAAUAACACGAAUUUACAAUGUCAUUGGCAUCCUCAGAGGAGCUGUGGAACCAGACAGAUAUAUUAUUUUAGGAGGUCAUAGAGACUCUUGGGUAUUUGGUGGUAUCGAUCCAACUACGGGUACAGCUGUUCUGCAAGAGGUUGUACGGAGUUUUGGUAAAAUGAAGACAGAAGGUUGGAGACCUAAGAGAACUAUUAUUUUUGCCAGCUGGGAUGCAGAAGAAUUUGGAUUGUUGGGUUCCACAGAAUGGGCUGAGGAAAAUGCCAGAGUCCUCCAGGAACGGGCAGUUGCUUACAUCAACACAGAUUCGUCUAUAGAAGGUAACUACACAUUGAGAGUUGACUGCACACCUCUUCUCUACAAACUGGUGUAUAAUCUGACAAAAGAGAUUGUAAGCCCUGAUGAGGGUUAUGAAAAUAAGUCUCUUUAUGAGAGUUGGCUUGAGAAAGAUCCGGCAACUGAAAAUAAUAGCUAUCCCAGAAUAAACAAACUGGGAUCGGGCAGUGAUUUUGAAGCUUACUUUCAGCGACUGGGAAUCGCAUCAGGCAGAGUCCGUUAUACCAAGAAUAAAAAAGCAGACAAAUUCAGCAAUUAUCCUGUGUAUCACACUGUGUAUGACACCUUUGAGUUAGUGGAAAAGUUUUAUGAUCCCACCUUCAAGAAACAGCUAACAAUUGCCCAGUUACGAGGCAAACUGGUUUAUGAACUGGCAGAUUCCCAGGUCAUUCCAUUCGACUGUAGAGAUUAUGGAGAAGCCUUAAAAAGAUAUAGCAAUAGAAUUUAUAAAUUGGCCGAGAAACAUGAAGAACAGCUGAAAACUUACAAAGUAUCAUUCGAUCCUCUGUUUUCUGCUGUGGUGAAUUUCUCAAAGGCUGCUAUUGCCUUUCACAGGAGACUUGAGCAAGUUGACAAGAAAGAUCCACUUGCAGUGCGAAUCAUGAAUGAUCAGCUGAUGCUUAUAGAGAGAGCUUUUAUUGAUCCUCUUGGCUUACCAGGAAGGAAUUUUUACAGACAUGUCAUCUUCGCUCCAAGCAGUCACAACAAGUACGCAGGAGAAUCUUUCCCAGGAAUCUAUGAUGCCAUGUUUGAUAUUGAAAGCAAAGCUGAUCAACAUGGAGCCUGGGAAGAAGUAAAGAGGCAGAUUUCCAUUGCAGCCUUCACUGUGCAGGCUGCCGCAGGGACGCUAAGAGAAGUAGCAUAGAAUGACGGCUCUGAAAAGCUCAGUCAAAUAGCAAAUACUGAAUUGUAGUGUAGUCAGGCUUCUACAAUGACCCAGUCUCUGCUGACUGCCUAUCUAUCUGAGUUUCCAGACUUCUAAAUGCAUGCAAGUAUAUCGGUAGGGUUAGCAGGAAUUCCAUGUAUCAAAGAACUUCCGAGCUAGAAAUUACUGCUUCUCUGAUACUGACAAAACUGUAGCUUUAAGAACAACCCUAGAUGUAAGCAAAUUUGCCAGUGCGAAAAAAGAAGAAUCAGUUCCCAACUAGAGUUUUCUGAAAGAUCUGCCAAUUUUGAGGACCCGUUAUUUUGGAUGUGCAAUUGCAAAACUAGUUAUUUGCCAAGCUGCCUGUAAAUCUUGUCUGUAGCCGUGAUCAACAGCACGCAUUUCAAGAACAAAAAUACAACACUCCACAGCACAUGCAUUUGUCUUGUUCUGAUAAUUACUUCUAUAAUAUAUGAUACCAAAGGCUACUCUGUAUUUUAGGAUCUAUUCCGCAAGACUGGUGAGUACUUGUUAUAAUGAUUUGCUUUCUUUUCCUGGAAAAAUAAGAUACUGGCCCUCCUGCCGAUUACCAAAGCAGAACUAGCCAUUCUUGAUAAUUAGAGAAAACAGCUCCUUAUAUGCAGAAAUCCAAAAGCAUUUUCUCAGGGAGUGUGUGUCUCUUCCUCUGAAAGACAGUGUGCACCUCCCUCCAUUUCUUGCACUUUGGAAUAUGCA